AUGGGGGCACUGCCAGGCUGCGGGCUUCUGCUUCUGAUCAGCAUCAUUGGGAUGGAUGACAGUUUUGGAGAACUGACCUGCCGGUCCUGCCAAGCACAUGUCAGGCUUCAGGUGCCUGGGGAAGCGGGCAGAGGGUACACGGGGCAAGGGGCAGAGGGCACAGGUGCCACACUGAGGGAUGUUGUGAGACAGGGUGCAGAUGACACAGGCAGAGGGCAGAAGGCUCAGGGGACAGAGAGCCCAGCUACCUGGGGUAGUGGUAUUCAGAGGCACUCUCAGGGGGUUGGGCAUUAUAUUAGUUCCAGGGGAGACUCUGAGAGGCACAAGGGAACAGUCCAGGGGGGGCAGGUUAGGGUUUCUAGGAACCUAGUUAGUGGUACCGGGAAUGUGAGUUCUAGGGAUGUUUUAAGUGAUGGUGAAGCUGGUGAAUUUGUGGGUAACAUGGGAAGUCAGGGGAAGAGAGAAGGACACGAGCCUGUGGGCACUACUGGAAGUUUGGUGAAGAGUUCAGGAUACGAGUCCGUGGGUGCAAGAAGAGAUCAGAAUAAGGAUAAAAGCAGUGAUCAGGGUGAUAGGGAUGAUGGACAAGUUGUUAUCACAGGUAGACAGCGAGUGGUUACUAGUGCAGGUCAGCACCAGGAUGCCAAGGAUGGCCGCUACCAGGAUACCAGGGGUGAAUUAUAUGAGAACGCUGAAAGGGAUGAUCAAGACGAGGAUAACAGCGAUGGUCAAUAUCAGGAUGCCAGUAAAGUACAGUAUAUGAAUGCUAGACAGGGUCAGUAUCAUCAUGUGAGUGCCAGGGAGGGUCAGUACCAGGGUGCAGGUAUACAUGGUCAGUACCAGGGUGCCAGUAGGGAAGGUCAGCACCAGGGUGACAGUACAGCAGGUCAGUACCAGGGUGCCAGUAGGGAAGGUCAGUACCAGGGUGCCAGUAGGGAGGGUCAGUACCAGGGUGCAGGUAUACAUGGUCAGUACCAGGGUUCCAGUAGAGAAGGUCAGUACCAGGGUGCCAGUAGGGAAGGUCAGUACCAGGGUGACAGUACAGCAGGUCAGUACCAGGAUUCCAGGGAUGCUCAGUACCAGGGAUUCAAUAGUGAUUGUCCUGAUCCCCAAAAUGGUCAGAACACCAGGGAGGGUCAAACCGAGAACUCAGCUGCACUCUCUGGCACCCCUGAAGGACACCUAUCUUAUGGACUCAAUGCUAGGCCAGGUGCCAGGACACAGAGACGUAUCCGGGAAACCCAGGGACGCCGGGUGACCCGAGCUCAGACCGGGGACCCGGACAGAAUGACCCGUUUUCGGGUGGAGGAACUGAGACUGAGCAGCAGCACGUUCUCCCUGACCGGGGACUCUGCUCACAACCAAGCCAUGGUGCACUGGUCCGGGCACAACAGCAGCGUGAUUCUGAUUCUGACAAAGCUGUACGAUUACAACCUGGGAAGCAUUACCGAGAGUUCUCUUUGGAGGUCAACAGACUACGGGACGACAUAUGAAAAGCUAAAUGACAAAGUGGGUCUAAAGACAAUUUUGAGCUAUCUAUACGUCUGCCCCACAAACAAACGAAAGAUCAUGUUGCUAACUGAUCCAGAGAUUGAAAGCAGCCUGAUGAUCAGCUCAGAUGAAGGAGCCACUUACCAGAAGUACCGAUUGAAUUUUUACAUCCAAAGCCUCCUAUUUCAUCCCAAGCAAGAGGACUGGAUUCUAGCUUAUAGCCAAGACCAAAAGCUAUUCAGCUCAGCAGAAUUUGGCAGACGUUGGCUGCUCCUCAGUGAGGCUGUAGCACCAAAUAGAUUUUACUGGACUGUGACCAUUUCUAACAGAGAUGCUGACCUUGUACACCUGGAGACGAAAACUAUAGAAGGACAUGCGCAAUACAUUGUUUGCAGAAUGCACAAUUGCUCUGAUGCUGUGAGGAACAAGCCAUUCCCGGGAUAUAUUGACACCAACUCGCUGAUAGUGCAAGAUGAAUAUGUCUUUGUCCAGUUAACGUCUGGAGGAAGAACACACUAUUAUGUUUCGUACAGAAGAGAACCAUUUGCGCAAAUGAAACUACCCAAGUACUCCUUACCCAAGGACAUGCAUGUGAUUAGCACAGAUGAAAACCAGGUGUUUGUAGCUAUUCAAGAAUGGAACCAGAAUGAGACAUAUAACUUGUACAUAUCGGACACAAAAGGAAUUUUUUUCACUUUAGCCCUAGAGAAUGUAAAAAGCAGCAGAGGACCGGAGGAAAAUGUCAUGAUAGACCUCUACGAGCAUUACACGGGUAAAGCCCAAAGGAAUGUUGGAUCUGAGCUGACAGAGACUGAUAUCUGCAUGUUUAUUUCAUCAGAUGCUGGCAACACUUGGAGACAGAUCUUUGAAGAGGAGCAUAGCGUUUUAUUCUUGGACCAAGGUGGAGUUCUGGUUGCCAUGAAGCACACAUCUCUGCCAAUACGUCACUUAUGGUUAAGUUUUGAUGAAGGGAGAUCAUGGAGUAAAUAUACAUUUACAUCUAAUCCACUGUUUGUCGACGGAGUUCUAGGAGAACCUGGUGAAGAGACUCUCAUUAUGACGGUUUUUGGACAUUUUAGUCACCGAUCUGAGUGGCAGCUGGUAAAAGUGGACUACAAGUCAAUUUUUGAUAGACGUUGCACACCUGAGGACUACCUGCCCUGGCAACUACAUAGUCAGGGUGAGGCCUGUAUUAUGGGUGCAAAAAGGACGUACAAAAAACGGAAAUCCGAAAGGAAAUGUAUGCAGGGGAGAUAUGCAGGCGCAAUGUCUUCACAGCCGUGCGUGUGCACUGAGGCUGACUUUGAGUGUGAUUACGUGAUACGUCACAGCAAUGGGCAAUGUUUACCUGCAUUUUGGUACAAUCCAUCUUCAUUAUCAAAGGACUGCAGUCUUGGGCAGAGCUAUCUCAAUAGCUCCCAGUACAGAAAAGUUGUGUCAAACAAUUGCACGGAUGGUGUGCGAGAGCAGUACACUGCUAAACCACAACAAUGCCCCGGAAAAGCUCCCAGAGGACUUCGUAUCACCACACUAGAUGGAAAGCUAACAGCUGAACAGGGGCAUAAUGUCACUUUAAUUCUUCAUCUCUUUUCUGGUGAUGUCCAGAGGACAAAUAUCCAGGUGGAUUUUGGUGAUGGAAUAGCUGUGUCUUACGCUAACCUAAGCGCAACUGAAGAUGGCAUUAAACACGUAUACCAGAAUGUGGGGAUUUUUCGAGUGUUGGUGCAAGUAGAUAACAACCUAGGAUCUGAUAAUACAGUCCUCUAUUUGCACAUAACAUGCCCCCUAGAGCACAUACACCUGAUUCUGCCUUUUGUAACCACAAAGAAUAAAGAAGUCAAUGCUUCUGUGGUUCUGUGGCCAAACCACGUGGGAACCCCAACUUAUGUUUGGUGGCUUGGGAACAACAGCGAGCCGGUCAUAAGCCUCGAGGGAAGUAUCACAUUCACAUUCUCUGCCGAAGGAAUGAACAGCAUAACGGUACAAGUCUCUGCAGGAAACACCAUUCUCCAGGAUAUAAAGACUAUAGCAGUAUACGAGCAAUUCAAGUCCCUGCGACUGGGCUUCUCACCCAAUCUGGAUGAAUACAACCCUGACAUCCCAGAGUGGAGACGAGACAUCAGUCGUGUCAUUAAGAGAGCGCUCAUGUAUGCAACAGGUGUGAGCAGCAAACAGAUAUUAGUCGCCGUCCUUCCUGGAUUACCAACAUCUGCAGAACUCUUCAUUCUGCCUUAUCAAGAAGCAUCAGAGGAUGGAAAGAAAACGUCUGAAGAUUUAGGACAGAUUUCUGACAUAUUUAUUAACAAGCUCAACCAAGACAUGGUCAAUUUUGAGCUGAAGCCAGGGGUCCGCGUUCUUGUGCAUGCCGCUCAUUUAACAGCAGCCCCUUUGGUGGACCUGACUCCGAGUCACAGUGGCUCUGCAAUGCUGAUGCUCUUGUCCGUAGUCUUUGUGGGAUUGGCUGUCUUUGUCAUCUAUAAAUUCAAAAGGAAAAUUCCGGGAAUUAAUGUUUAUGCACAGAUGCAGAAUGAGAAAGAGCGAGAGAUGGUCAGUCCAGGCAGUCACAGUGAGAGCAUGUCACCUAUUGAUACUCACUCUCAGCCGAAGGGUCCUGAGCAGCCGUUACAGGGCAGCGUGACAACACGGCCCAUAGGAAGUAUUUGCACAGUUGCUGAAAAUCAAAGCACAAAUGAAAAUCCAACCUAUGUAAAUGUGUGAACUGAAGACAUCCCAUCUGCAUCUGGACUAUUUAAAGUCUCCAAACAAAUCUAAAACUAUGGUUUUUAGCUUUAAACCUGUUCAAGAAGAUUCUUCAAGAUGGUUCAGGUUCUAAGUUUUUUCGGGAUUCUACACCCUUCUUUUCAAUUUGGUUGUAUUUAUAGAAGAAUAAUUACUUUCCAGACCAAGAAUUUGCAUGCUUUUAAAUAUUCUUGUUGUUUCUAUAGGUUUAACUGUCACAGUAGUUAACCAAUGCAGAUGUGUACCGAUUCCUACCACUUAAUGACUGUAUCUUCAGGAACUGGAUUGAUAUGACACAUUCUCUUCAAUGCAGAAAGUGGUUUUACUCUUGAGAGGUGGAUGAAUCUUGUAUAUACUCCUUUGUAAGAAAAUAUAUAAAUCUAGAGAAGAAUCAUCUCAUUCAUUGUUAUUUGUCAAAUGUGACAUCAUCCUGGUUGACUAAAUAAGGUAUAAUACAAUGGAAAAUACUUUUUUAGAAAACGCUAAACUUCUACACUGUUAAAACGUUUUACUAAUUAAAAUUGUUUUAUUUAUAAAUUGAACAGAAUAAGGUGUGCACAGAAAAAAACAUUCAAUAUAUUUUACCUAAAAACAAGAAACACCCAAUAUUAAAAUGAUAUGUAUGUUAAAAUUAAACUUUCAUGAUUAAGAAAAAACAUACAAUUUAAAAAACAAAACAAAAACUUUUCAUUUACUUCUACAGGUACAAAUCCCCAAAUCUGGAAUUCUAAAAUCCAAACUUAUUCUGAAAUCCAAACUUUAUAAUUCAUAUAUUUUAAAAAUAAAAUGAUCAAACAUUA